UUACAUUAAUUACUAUUUCAGUAUUGAUUUAAGCAUUUCUAUUAUUAUUGUACAAACAAGGCUCGGUUUGGUUCAUUUCCAUUACGUGCAACGCGACAUCUCGAACGUAGAAAGUGCAAAAUAUAUAUUUAUUUUAAAACGUGCGUCAUUUUAUUUACGAUCCGAAAUUUUAUCUGUAAAGAGGAGGAAUUUAUCUGCUGAUAAAAGAAAAUCUGCGUAAGGGAGGUGGUGUUAUUCUACAGAUAAGAUUCCGGGAGGUAAUAUUCCGCCAUAUUUUCGAAAAAAAAUGAAGUAUUUCGUUGUAAUAUUGCUGGUGGUCGUGGUUUUCGCUUAUUUCGUUCAAUGCAAGAAACAAUCGGAAAAUAAAGGUAAAAAGGAACACAAAGAUUCGAAGAGUAAGAAGAACGAAGGUUACGAAUCGAAAGAUAAAAACAGAAAAGAUAAAGAGAAACAAACAGAAAACGAAAAGUAUCAGAAAGAUUCGAAGAAACACGGUAAAAAAGCUAACAAAGAAGAAAAUAAAGAUCAGUUGAAAGAAGAAAAGAAUACCGAAUCUAAGAAGGAAGAAAAGACUAAAACAGAAAAAGAAAAAAAGCAAAAGGAUAGUUCUAAGAAGGAUAAAAAUAAAGAAAAACCCAAAGAAGAAUCGUGCAGCAAAGACACGUGCAACGAAAAUCCUGCAGAAGCCAAGGGGAGCGAAACGCUUUGCAAAACUCACGCAGAUUGUCAGCCUGGCUCUUGUUGUAAUCCUUCGAGUGGCUGUCAGCAAAUCGAUGCACGAGAAGGGCAAAAGUGUUGGAAUUCGUGCAUGUGCGGCAAUGGAUUAUUAUGUUUUAUGAAUAAUCAAGAUCAGAAUGCGGUCUGCAAAACUCCCGUCCAAGAUGAUAUUAAUACGGGAACUUAUCUUCAAUAAUUCAAUUUUUUUGUAGUAAACUCUUAAAUAAAAUCAUUUUCAUUAAUUAUCCAUAAAUCUCCA